UACUUAAUAAACUAAAUCAGACCUGCUGAUUCGGUGCCAUUGGAGUUCCUUUUUCUGGAUUAAAUUUCCCAAAAUUGUCCACUUUAAACAAUCAGAAAUCUAAUUAGAAGAAGGAACAAUUAUGUCUUCAGCUCCAGCCACAGCGCUCCCAGCCCCCAUCAGGCCUUCAUCCUUGAUUAAGGUUGGGCGAUGGUCUCUUCUAGCAUUGGGAAUCAUGUACGGGAUUUCUAGACAGAGUAGCCUGGUCAAGAAGGAGACAAAAUUGCGAGAAAUUGAAGCAAUUGAAGGGCCUGCGAGGGAGGCGAAGAAAGCAGCGGAGAAAGCCAGACUUAACAGAGAGGAACUUCUAUACCUUGCGAAGGAAACCGGCACUCCAAUUCCACCAAACUUUUAGACAUCAUUAGUGUUCAGUCAUCAGUCAUGUAAAAAUUGGACCCAGAAGAUGAAGAAGCAGAGAUGAUUAGUUACUCAAUUUAGGUAGUUCAAGUUACAUAAUUAUAUCCUUAAAACAAAGGUAAUAAAGUGAUUGGUUCAAAACCCCGAAAA